CACUGGAUGAAUGAAAAAGCGGAAGUGCAGACAGGAAGUCGGUUUUUGUUUUGACGUUCCUCUACAAUUCAUACAAGUCAUGAUAAAUGUGUAGUGCGUUUGUUCGGACAUUUAGAGUGACUUUUAACAAAAACAUCCUUUGUGUUAGACUGAAGAUGACCGCUACUUCAAGUGCUCCUAGACCUCGAGAAGAUAAAUAGACACGAAGAUGCUAGAGCGGUGCAGCUGCAUGCUAACCGAUGCUAAUGUGCAGCUGUCACAGUGACAGCUACAGGGGAGAAGAUGAUACAAAGAGGAGUGAGGUGUAAAAUAAGUGCCAAAUGCACACUGUCCUGGUUGAGGUUUCCUCACUGACCAAGGAGUCAAGGUUUAGAGGUCAUGAAAGAAGCCGGCUCUGCAGUGUGUGGAGCUGAGGCUCUGGUUGAAGACCAGGAAUUUCCCUCUGACAACUCGUCACUCUUCUCUGACAGCUCCACGCCCAUCGCUAAGCUGCAUGGAAACAUCACAUGGCACCGUCCACAGGAGAUCUGCCAGUCUCCAGUUCUUCUUCCUGACAACAUUAACCUGGCUCAUGCCAAACAAGGCCUGUUAGGAGACUGCUGGUUCCUCUGCGCCUGUACUGUCCUGCUCAGGAACAGACACAUACUAAACAAGGUGAUUCCUCCAGACCAGCCCCUGUGGGGUGACUGCAGCUGCCACUCACCAAAUGCCUUCUGGGUCGCUUUGUUAGAAAAAGCCUAUGCCAAGCUUCAUGGCUCAUAUGAGCGACUGUGGGCAGGUCAGGUGUCCGAAGCCCUGGUGGAUUUGACUGGUGGUCUUGCUGAACACUGGAGCUUAGGAGACUUAAGUUUAGAUGAGGGGCAGAUGGCAGAUAGGGACAGUGAACAGAUCAGGAGAAGGAGACUUGACUUGAACCGUCUCAACCAUGUCAAGGAUAAUUGUUUAUUGAGCUGUUCCACCAACAGCAGCCCUGGAGGUGCCAGCGAGUUGGGUCAGUACCACGCCCUAAAUGUCAUGGAAUGGUUGGAUGUGAAGGCGGAGUCUGGAAGCGAAAUACGUCUACUCAGGAUCAAAAACCCUUGGGGGAGAGGCUGCUGGGGAGGACGGUGGAUAGAGGAUGGUGCAAGUUGGAGGUCUAUUGACCCUAAAUGGGCGUCAGAGUUACAGUCCAGGGUGGCAGAGGGUGAAUUUUGGGUGGAUGAAGCUGAAUUUCGGUCCCAGUUUGAUGACGUCACAGUCGGAUAUCCACUCAAUGAGGAAGGAUACCUAAGGAGCAUCUAUACUGGAAAUCUGCUCACUCACAGCCAUCAGCUGUCAGGCCGGUGGAUAAAAGGACAGUCAGCCGGCGGCAGCAGAAACAGCAGCAGCUACUCCAUCAAUCCUAAAUUUUGGAUUAAUGUCAGUGAGAGCGGAGAGAUUAUUGUGUCCCUGCUGCAGCAAAGGAAGAGGAGAAACACAGAGAAACUGGCACAAAUGCACCUCAAUGACACAAAGCACCAGCACUACCAGGCCACUGCUCUACACAUGUGGAAGGUGGAGAAGAAGCAUUUUAAUCUGAGCCGCUUAUUGAACAAACCUCCUUGUGCUUCUACUCACUGCCACACCUAUGAGAGGGAGGUGGUUCUACACAGGCAGCUGGAGCCUGGCUACUACCUGCUGAUCCCUAGCACCUACCAGUCGGGGGCCGAAGCCCGCUUUCUUAUCAGGGUCUUUUCCUCUGCUUCUUUAUCUCUUAGUGCUCUGAAAAGCCCAGCGCCAUCACUGCCUCUAAUAAAAGAUAGUGAGUGGGAGACCAGCUACUUCCACGGCUCGUGGGUGACAGGAAAGACGGCAGGAGGAAGCAGGAACUUCCUGUCUCACUUGCAGAACCCCUGCUUCCCUUUUACGGUGACUGAGGACGCAGAGGUGAAGUCAGGAGAUAAUGUCAGGAUAAACCUUCACCAGAACCGUGCCGACUCUGAGCUCCACGCCAUUGGUUUUCAUGUGUACAAGACUUUACAGGACACAUGUGGACAGUUGAGCAGAGACCAGGACCCCAUAGCCAGCUGUGUCCCCCACUGUUAUACACAGAAUGUCAGUCUGUCCUGCAGUCUUCCUGCUGGGACUUACACCAUCAUCUCGUCCACAUAUGAGCCUGAUUGCUGCGCAGACUUCACCCUCAGCUUGUCUCGUAGGAUACACAGGAAAGUGGUCAAAAGUCAGGAGAGUCUGGGAAGAACCAUUCAAGAGGUCUCCCACAUCUCUCUGAUGCAAAGCUAGUUCUCUGGAGCUGUUGCCUCACCUCCGAUGUCAGUUCUUGCUCCCAGUGCCUCUUGGCUCACGAUGAAAGUACCAGUCCUUCUUUCUAACUUCACCGCACUGUGUGUCUGUGUUUGUAUGUAUUGUAUGUGUGUCUGUGUGAGGAAUCCUAGAAAACCUUUUAUCCUGAAUCGCUGAGGCUCAGGGCUGACGGGUAGCCAAACGCUCAUCGGCGAUUAGGACAUCAGAGCUAGUCGGUGGGUUGGGCUGUUAAUGAAGUAUGACGGGACUGGACGGAGUAAACAAACAGCCGCCAUUGAAGAGAGCCGCCGCUGCUCUGGCUCAUUCACUCACUGGCGCGUCGGCCUGAAACAAUGAUGCCUCUCAUGAAGGUCCUCACAGAGGUAUGGGGAGGGUGAGGGGUGAGGGGAUGGUCUUCACCAGCAGAGCCACACCACACCACACCAUGCAGUGCCAAACCAAACCAGUUUCCUCUCAUUCAUCAACUCAACACAACUGUGGCUGACUUGAUUUGUUCUCUUGACACAAGGUCUUACCAACCCUUUUUAUCUUCUCUUAACCUGCUCGGCAUCCUCACUAACCAGCAAAUCAGGCAAAUCAGGCAGAACAUGAAUAAAUUCCACCUUGUUUUUGAUUCACCCACUCACCCCCAUGCUCUUCCACUGUCAUCCCCCAGAACUGGUGCAGCUCAGACCUGAGCAGGGGAUUGAUACAGAGGAAGAAAUAAUGAAUGUGGCUCAUUAGAUAAAACAGCUUUAUCAACAUCUAAUCCUUCUUGUGUUAGUGUGGUGAUGCGACUGUCUGCUGACCAGGCUGCCUAUGUGUGUGUACAACUGACAGGCUCUCUGAUUAUUCAGUAAAGCCACAGUUAGGGAGUUCUGAAUACAUCCACCUGGUGGUGUGUGGUACUGCGCUAUGUACUGUACUUUAUAUGCUUUGAAAGUUAAUGAAUAAAAUAUUUAAACUUAA